AUGCACAUUUUGGGAAUAACUUUUCUCUUGGCUUAUCUGCUUUACGCCAACCUCGCCAUGGACCCGAUCCACUCAGACUAUUACGACGACUACGAAUCGGACAGCUCUCCGCAGCCGGACAUGGAGCAGAGGCUGCGCUCGGCCUCCACGGUGGACGAGCUCAUGAGCCUGAUGUACCCGUCCUUCUGGGCAGCUCUAAAGUGCAAGUCUAAGCUGACGGCUGCGGGCUCCGGAUCCAGGCUCCGGUACCAGGCCCAGACCCAGACCCAGACCCAGAGAUCCAGGCCUCGCUCCGGGACUGAGGAGCCCACCUACGCUGCGGCUUACCUCAACCUCGACAUGCUCAAAAGUAUAGAGUCCGAGUGGAGGAAGACCCAGUGCAGUCCGCGGGAGGUGUGUGUGGACGUGGCCCGCGAGUUUGGAACCCCCACAAACCUGUUCUACAAACCCCCGUGUGUGUCCGUGUCCCGCUGCGGAGGCUGCUGCCACUCAGAGGACAAGCAGUGUCGCAACAUCUCCACCGGAUACGUCAGCAAGACUCUGUUUGAGAUCACGGUCCCCAUCACGCAGGGAACCAAACCCGUGACCAUCAGUGUGGCCAAUCACACCCAGUGCAGCUGUCUCUCCAAACUGGACGUGUUCAAGCAAGUCCACAGCAUCAUCCGCCGAGCGCUGCCAGAGUGUCCCGUGGCCAACAGGACCUGCCCCCGGGCUCAGACCUGGAGCUCCAGACUGUGUCGCUGCGUCAGCUCCGGAGCUUACUACAACCCUCCUCCUCCACAGAACGCCAGACCGACUCGCCAUCACAACGACUUCCUCUCGUCAGACGUGUGCGGAUCCGACCGUGAGCUGGACGCAGAGACAUGCCAGUGCGUCUGCCGUCUCCCCGACCGUCCCUGUCCCCCUCGCCGCCGCUGGGACUCCGCCUCCUGCCAGUGCGUCUGCAGCGCCCCCUCUGGUCACUCCUGUCCUCCACACUUCACCUGGGACUCCACCUCCUGCCAGUGCGUCUGCAGCGCCCCCUCUGGUCACUCCUGUCCUCCACACUUCACCUGGGACUCCACCUCCUGCCAGUGCGUCUGUGCCAAGUCCUGCCCUCACCAUCAGCCGCUGAACCCGGCGAGAUGCGCGUGCGAGUGCAGCGAGUCUCCGAACAAGUGCUUCCUCCGCGGGCGGCGAUUCCACCCGGCAACGUGCAGUUGUGUUCGAGCUCCGUGUGAAGUUCGGCGGCGACGUUGUGAACCCGGCUUCGUCUUCAGCGAAGAAGUGUGUCGCUGCAUACCCUCGCACUGGAGACGCCUGGACUAG